AUGGAUGCAAGAAACAUUUACUUCAACAAAGAUGCUCGUAUUAAAAAAUGCAAAUAUAUAUUAGUAAAGCUCAAAGAUCUUCGUAUAUCUCUAAAACAUAAUCUUGACAAUGUUGGUGGAUUUGCUGCAAUUACUCGUCAACGAUCAAAAAUUUUAAGUAAACGAAUGUUCGAAUCCUGUAGAUUCAAUCCUAAUGAUUGGUCUCAACAAGAAUAUAUAAUUUGGGUAAAACUUUUAGAAGCUGUUGAACAAUUUUACGCUUUUGCUCUAAUUUAUCAAAAUCAUAAAACUGAACUUGUGGAAUUCUUACGAAGACUGGGUAGGGAAGAUAAAGCUGAA